AUGCGUCUUCCCUACGUUCCAGACCCACUACCGACCACCACCGACGACGAAGCCAGAAUCCUAGCAAGCGUCCAGGCCCGCCGAGCCCCAAACCCCCUUCUGCCCCUCGACCUCGCACUCCUACACUCCUUCCCGGUGACAGAAGGCUGGAAUUCAUUUUUGGGUGCUAUCCGCACCCGAACAAGUCUAUCGACUGUGGUUCGCGAACUAGCCAUCUGCCGCGUUGCGAUCAUCAAUGGCGCUUUAUUUGAAUGGGAGCAACAUGCACCGUUGCUGAAACAAGGUGGACUGAGCGAGGACGCGUUCAAACUGGUUGGAGACGCACAAGUGGAUUUCUUGGAUGAUGGCUCAUUGAGCUCAUUGAGUGCAGAGCAGAGGGCAGUUUUGAGAUAUACGGAUGCUAUGACGAAGACUGUCACUGUGCCGAAUGAGGUGUUUGAGGAGUUGAAGGGGGCUUUUAAUGAUCAGGAGAUUGUUGAGAUUACGGCAACUGUUGCGGCUUAUAAUUGUGUUAGUCGGUUCUUGGUCGCGUUAGAUGUUGGUGAGAAGAAUUGA